AUGGCUAAAGAUCUUGAUGCUCUGAUUCUUGAAGGGUCUAAAAAAUACGCCUUACGCGAUUUUGAAGCGGCUACUGAAAUCUUUGCAAAGGCUUGUGAACGUUACUCCGAAACUCAUGAGACAGACAGCCCCGCGUUACUUUUUCUCUACGGUCGGUCAUUGUUCCAAGUAGGUGUCAGCAAAUCUGAUGUUCUUGGUUCCAGUAAUGAAAAUAAGGAAGAUAAGGACGACGAAGAGGCCGACGAAGAAGAUGAAGCCAAGGAAAAGAAGCCAGAGGUAGCCAAAUCAACAGACAAAGAACCCAAAUCCAAGUUCCAGUUUGCAGAAGACGAGAUUGUCAAAGAUUAUGAACAAGAAGAUAAAGAAGAAACCGAAAAACAACAACAAACAGGUGAUGAAGCUGAAGCUGAAGAAGAACAAAGCGAUUUGGAAGCUGCUUGGGAAAUUCUAGAUACCUCUAGAGCACUCUUUCUAACAGAAAUCGAAAAACAAAACAAACUGCUAAAGGAGUCAGACUCACAAGCAAUCAAAGACAAAAUUGAGGAACUUGAAAAAGGUUUAGCUGAAACUUAUGAUGUUCUUGGCGAAGUUUCUCUCGAAUCAGAAAACUUUGAGCAGGCAGUUCUCGAUCUUCAGGAAUCUCUGAAACUGAAAAAGAAGCUCUACGCACCCACAUCAUCCCUCAUAUCUGAAGCCCAUUUUAAACUUUCGCUAGCCUACGAGUACUGCGUUGACGACCCAGAGCACCCGGCUAGCAAGCCCCAUGAAUCAUCGACGACAGAAACAGCCGUCAAAAAUAAGCAGCGUGCUGUUGAAGAGAUGGAAGCCGCCAUUGCCAUCGUAACAGCACGGGAAAAGGCUGGUGACAACAAAGAUGCAACUCUUCUGCACGAUCUUGAGCUACGUCUCAAUGACCUCAAGAACUCAAUCAAAAACGGCGAGGAAACAGAUAAGCAAAAGGAGGACGUAAUCAAGGGCCUCGCAGGAACUUCUGCGUCUUCUUCAGCACAGGAUGUCGCUGCUACACUUGUGAAGCAGUCGAUUGCACAGGCAAUUAGCGGUGCAACUGAUCUGAGCGGGCUUGUGCGCAAGGGAAAGAAGAAGAAGGACACCGCGGGAAAUAAACGCAAAUUGGAGGAAGAUGAACAAGGUUCAGACAAGAAAAAGGUGUCACGAUAA